AUGGGCUGUGGAGGAAGCAGAGCUGAUGCCAUUGAACCCCGUUACUAUGAGAGCUGGACAAGGGAGACUGAGUCCACCUGGCUGACCAGCACUGAUACUGAGAUCCCACCAGCAGGACUGGGACAUUCCUGUCAAGAUGACCACAGCUCAACAGAGGUUGGAGUGAGGGACAAGAGAGGAUCACAUCCUGGUAUUAUGGAAGAUGGGAAGUCAACUCAGACGUGUGUUACGGUCUCAUCCUCCGGCAAAGAAACCCUCAAGAAAACAAAUUCAGGAACACAAUGUGGGAAGCCAACAGUCUACUCCACAGGAACGAAGGCACAAAAACAGAAGAGUGUGUGCAGGACUACCGAGGCCAAAAGGGAAAGCAAACGGAUGACCAAAAAAGAAGUCACAAUCAACUUACCGAAAAGCAUCAGGCCAAUGGACAGCGAUGGACGGAUUGCUGAGAACUGUGUUAAUUAGCCUGGGACAGGGAGAUGCUCACAGGGACUCAUUAGAAACAAUUUGCGCACUUUAAUUAAAGUAGCUAAAUGCCGCAGGGAAAGAGAAAUCUUCUAAGAACUGAUCGACUAAUUAUUUUCUUAAAGAUGUUGCUCUCUAUUUUGCAAGCAGAUACAAAACGUGACAAGAGGUGUGGUGGAGGAAAAACAGGGGCGCAAAAGUUUGCUACUGAGUGCCUUCAGUAAAAUGUCUGGGCAUCGGUCUGAUGGGAACAUGGAAAGUCAUGUGGACAAUUGAGCUUGUAGAUUUUUGGUAGGUCAGGUGCAGGGGAUUAUAGUAGUCGCAGUAAGAAUAUCCUGCAUCGUUUAUAAUGCAUCAUAUAAUACAUAGCCUCCUUCUACAAUGUCUAGCUUCUUGAGAACAUCUCAAACCUUUUCAAUCUGAUAGUAUAGUAUCUCUCUUAUAUAGUAACAUAAAACGGAGGCCUGUGUUUUUUUAUUAUACUACUACUCCUAUUAUUGGAUGUGUGCUUUCCAAUGGCUUGGACGCUGCAUGCAAUAACUGACAAGGUUUUAUCUUUAGACGCUAAGCCAAAUUCUCCUACAUACAGGUUCACGGUAACAUCCGGUAUUGCUGCCCGUGACUCUAGGGCUUCAGGAUGGUGUACAUGAUAGUUUAUGCUUUUCGUGUGAUUGCUUUUUGUACAGUCCUGAGACGAGUUCACUUUAAUCGCAGACAUGUAUAACAUAUUCAUGAAGUAAAUCGGGGAUCUAUAGGAAAACCUCCCAAACCAACGUUGGGUAGUCAGAUGACUUGGUGGGACAGUUGGCACAGAACUUGGGCAACGCAGUCUGGAUCCACCUUGUAUGGUGGCACACAGUUCCUAAAAGUCCACACAGAAUCCCUAGGGUUCCCUAUACAGAUGCCCACAGUGUUCCUACAGGUCCAUACUAUGGACCAGUAAGAACUUCAUGCUUUGCCCUAUGGGCCUCACCACCCCCGUAUUAGGGUACAGCCUCUCGGUUAGGUUUCCUGAUGCCAUUUUGGAAGAGUUGUGCCUGUACUUUACAUUUUCUCUCUUUAUAAUUCACUGACUACCAAAAUUGUAUCAGGAAACCUGGCCAUGAGGUGAGGCCAUAUGCUUGCAGGUCCAUACAGCACUAAUCCAUAACUUGGCUGAGUGCAUGAAUCCUGAAGUAAUACCUGUCUGAUGCUUUGAGCGAACUGGUCAUUUUCUGAGCCAUACAUAGACAGGGCUGCCCCCAUUUGGCACCGAGAAAUACCUCCAGUAAGAACAGCAAUCUGCUGCACCCUGUGUACAGUUAGCACAUUUAGCACCUUUUAGUUACACGUUUUACAUGGUUGUAUUAGACGUUGACAGGAGUAUUCUCCACAGGGUCAAUUAUCUGGUUUGAUGCCCCAACAUUACCAUAGAUUUAAUAACCCCUUGUAAAUACCCUUCCACAGGAAAGACCAAAUGUACUGUGCUGACCCAGGAAAAUAGAGGGUACAGAUAAGAAGAAUAUGAUCUCUCUUUAACCUUUGAGGCCUAUAUCAGGAGAUCUAAACAGGUCAUGCUUUCCCCCAGGUUUAGAGUUGCCCUAAGAGCAGCACUAGUUCUGAUGGUGGUCCAUCUUGUAGAGGUGUCUCUGCUUAAAAUGCAUGUGAUUACAACACUUAUAUAGGUUUUGUGCUCUGAAAAGUACCAAAGGGACUGAGAAAGAUCUAGUUAGGGCAAUGAAAGCCUAAUACACAUGUCCGAUGCAGAAGCUUUCUACUUAGGAGCUCUCUUAAUCCAGCACUCCUUUGAAUAGUACAGUGGUUAUGCUGAAAUACAACACUUCAAAAAGUUGGGUUUCAUCAACUCCGUAACAUGGUGUACAAAGCAAUGAACUUCUCACCUCCUGCUAAGCUAGCAUCUGUGUAUGGUGAUACAGUCGGCCAUCAGGCAUUGACACGAUCCGACAACUACAAUGUCCAACAGGAACCAAACACGUGAACAUCCAACUAUAUACAAAUAUGAUGACAUCAUGUGGUGACAUCAUCUAUCUUGAUUUUUAUGAUGUCACCACAUUGGUGAAUUAGAUCUGAUGUACCAUGGACGUGGAAUUCCAAUCAAAAAAAGUCCCAUCAUUUUCACCCAU